ACUAAACUACGUACUGUACAUCCAGAGAUCCAAAUGUAUGUGCGCGUCUCGCUCUACCUUUAAAAUGAAACUAAUAUUUACUGUGGUUUUUGGAUCAUUUCUGAUUAGUCAAAGCUUAGCUGAUAUUUCAUCAUUUUCGGAGAAGGAGACGGAAAUCAAAGGCCAUGUUCUGGACUUUCCUCUUCAACGAGAUGAGCCCGAGGAUUUUGAUUCAUGUCAAGUCUUGCCGAAGAACAUCGACCCAGAAAAUAAACUGAAAAAUGGUAGAAUAACUGAAAAAAACUUCAAACUCGAAACAGGCAAAAAUCUGCUCGUUAAAUGCGUAGAAGGUGACAAUGAAGUUAAUGCGUUUGUAUACGGCUCAGAAGGUUACUUCAUAGAUAGAUUGAAGCUAGAAAAAAGUAAUAUGCAUUGUGCACAAUUGAUUGAUAACAUUUCUGUAGGCAAGACUUUUAGAGGUAAAGUGUUUAUAUUCAACAUAAUCUACAAGUUUGAUGUGGAGGGUAAACAUUGCAAAUUCUUCUUCAUCAAACCUAAGAAAUGUGGUCGGUGUUAUAGCAGAUCUUACGAGAUUACCACCACUCUUCACUAUCACAUAUUAAGGAGAUUAGGAGCAAUAUAUACGAACUGCAGGGAUGAUGAGUAUGUAAGUUUAAACUAAUACGUCAUGUGACAAAAUAUAUCUUAACCAAGCCAUAUGGUGUAGUAAAAUUCAGGAAUGUGUUGAAUAUUGUCG